GCUGCUGUGAAGUCGAGUACCAGCAAUUAGUUAGGGAUUUUCCUAAAUGUUUGACCUAUAUAUUUCGUCAUUUCAAUGUGAGAGUUGAUCACAGGAGUAGAAUUAAGACAUGGAGAAGUGUGUGUUGUUUUGUGUCAGCACUCAGAAAUCUUUGCUUCGAUGUCCAAAGACAGUUUUUACACAGAGAUAUAUAAGCAGGAAUAUACUCAAGAAUGCUGUCACAUUACAACAUAGAAACAGUAACUCUCGGCAAUACUCAACGCAGCAAGAUCAAAUCUACCCCAAAUACCUCAGAAAUUCAGCCAAAUUUGUAAAGAAUUCAGAGUUAGCAUGUGAUGUUAUAAGAGAUCUUGGAAUAAUUUAUACACCAAGUUUAAGACAAUUUCAUACAUCAGGAAGAAAGGAUGCUUUCCCUCCAUUGAUUUGGGCUGCUGUUAGUUUCAUUUCAAAGGCUGGAGCGGUUUUAACCGGCAGGAAAUACCGGACAUGGUUGAAAACCCAGCCACUUGAGAUACAGAAGAAGCAUCACAAACGAGUCCUUCAAUUCUGGGCAGCAAUAGCAGCAUUUGGGACGGCCCUCGGGCUCAUAUACUACAAUUCUCAUUUACAAGUGUGCCCUAUAACAGGACGUAAAAGAUUUGUAACCCUUACCAAAGAACAAUACAUGAAAGUGGCUGAUUUUCAGUGCGAGGGACUUAUAGAUGGCUUAAAAGACAAUAUGAUUCCACCAACCCAUGCAUGGUACAAUCUUGUCCUGAAAACUGCUCAACGGAUUGUUAAAGCAAAUCAAGAUUUUCCUGGCAUGAAAGAUCAGAAGUGGGUGAUUCAUGUUGUGGAGGGUGAUGAAAAGAAUGCGUUUGUUCUAGCAAAUGGGCAUAUUUUUGUGUAUACUGGAAUGCUAAUGUUUGUAGAGAAUGAGGACCAAUUUGCCUUUAUUCUAGGUCAUGAAAUGGCACAUGCUCUACUCUUACAUGGGGCAGAACAACUGAGUUACAGUCAGUUUAUGGACUAUAUUGUGAUAGGGGUAAUGGCUGCAAUAUGGACGUUAAUGCCAAAUGAUGGAAUAGCUGUGAUAACUAACUGGUUUUACAAGAAAGUCAUGAACAUAUCUGUACAUAUGCCUUACAGUAGAAUACUAGAAAAAGAAGCAGAUAAAAUUGGCUUACAUCUAACUGCCAAGGCUUGUUUUGAUGUAAGAGAGAGCAGUGUAUUGUGGCAUCGUAUGGGCAUUGAUGAGGAUGUGACAGGCGAGGCACAAAUUCCAGAAUGGUUGUCCACACAUCCUAGUCAUGGUAACAGGGUCAAACAUAUGAACCAACUUAUACCAAGGGCCAUGGAGGAGAGGGCAAGCUGUAAAUGCGAUCCGUUGUCAGAUGUUGACCCGCGUAACCGUGCAAAAAAUCUCAGACAAGUUGCUGACAACAUUAUGAUUGCACGAGCAAGCAAGGCAAACCUUGGAAGAGUUCACGUAGACAACAUUAAACCCACAGUGCCAACAUUCCAAUCUUUACAUAAAAUGCAGAAACCUCUAGGCAAGGUUAAAGCAUAGACUCUCUGAAAUUAGAAAUCAGUUCUUUUAUUGCAAUAGUUUUGAUAUGAAAAUAUAUUGUUACAAAAUGUUAAGUAAGAAGAAUGAAGGAAAAUUAAAUAUUUUUUUAUAUAAUAUACUUCAGAAAUAUAUCAUUUUGUACUUGUGAGAGGAUAUUUUAUUUUGUUGAUUUAGCAUGCAAGUGAAUUAUAUUUUAAGGUUGACUAUCUUUAGAACAUGGAUAGCUAUUGCACCCUGGUGUUGGCAUAACGCAUUGGUUAAGUUUUUGCAUGCAAGUUGGUAUCUCCAAAACUACUGAAGGGAAUGGGUUGAACAUUCACACCCCAGUUUUCUGUGAUAAUCUUAUAUGUUGUGCUUAUGUCCCGUAACUCUGAGUUACCUUUUAACAGAGUUAUGCCCCUUUUUUACUCUCUAGCAUUGAGAAAAGUCAGGCCAGCAGUUUUAUGGACAGCUUUGUGUUACAUGGCUGGUAUCUUGUUGUAUUUGUUUUACUUGGAUUAUUUCUAUGCAAUUGUAUCAGCCUGUGGAAUACAUUUUGUCAG